AAGUUUCAGUCUUUGUAUUGUAGACCGGAAACACGAGUCCUCUAAAAAAAGAAACAUUAUUUUCUCUCUCCACUCAAUUUUUAAAGAAAUUAGUGCAUGUCUUGAUGAGUAAAAGCAUUUUAACUGCCCACACCCCCAACCUCACCAUGGUCAACUCAAUUUCUACUCAUAGCUCAUGCCAUAGAAAUUUCAGUUCAGGUAAUUUCAGUUGUUGAAAAUGGUGAGAAAGUAAAUAAGUAGUCUGCUUGAUGGAUUUGCUGGCAAAAACAUACUAAUCAAUAUAAUGUUCACAGCAACAUAUUAAUACAAGAAGAAGAAUUAUGGGUUAUAGCUGUUUCAAGAUUUCCAUUUGGUUUAUCUUGUCUGUUUGUCCUGUUUGGUCACUGCAAACUCAAAUAAUUUCUAAUCAGACAUGGAAAGAGAAGAUGAUUAUUAGAGAUCAUCUCCUGAAGAUCAAUAAGCCUUCCCUCAAAACAAUUCAGGCAUGUUUUUACUAUUUUCUUAAUUCAUGUCGUCUCCCCCUGUAGCUAAUAAAAUACUCUACUUAUUAGUGAUGCAGAGUCCUGAUGGAGAUGUUAUAGAUUGUGUAUUAUCUCAUCAACAACCAGCUUUUGAUCACCCUCACCUAAGGGGCAACAAGCCUAUGGAUCCCCCUGAGAGGCCAAAGUCAAAUCCCAUGAAAUUGGAAAACUUUCAAUUGUGGAGUUUGUCUGGUGAAACAUGUCCACAAGGAACAAUACCAAUUAGAAGAACAAGAGAAAAAGACAUUCUAAGAGCCUCUUCUCUUCAAACAUUUGGCAGAAAAAUCAAAACACCAAUUCAAAGAGACACCAUAAGUAGUGCCCAUGAGCAUGCAGUUGGUUAUGUAAGUGGAGAUGAAUAUUAUGGAGCAAAAGCAAGUAUAAAUGUGUGGGCACCUCAAAUAUCCAACCAAUAUGAAUUCAGUUUAUCACAAAUCUGGAUUAUUUCUGGUUCUUUUGCUGACGAUCUCAACACAAUUGAAGCUGGUUGGCAGGUUAGCCCAGAGAUAUAUGGAGACUAUUUUCCCAGGUUCUUUACCUACUGGACAAGUGAUGCAUAUCAAACCACUGGAUGUUACAAUUUGCUUUGUUCAGGAUUUGUCCAGACCAAUAAUAAAAUAGCUAUUGGGGCUGCAAUUUCUCCAACAUCCUCUUAUGAUGGUGGUCAAUAUGAUAUCACCAUAUUGAUUUGGAAGGAUCCCAAGCAUGGGAAUUGGUGGCUAGAGUUUGGGUCAGGAGUUAUUGUAGGGUACUGGCCAUCAUUUUUAUUUCCACAUCUUAGGAGUUCAGCAAGCAUGAUACAAUUUGGAGGUGAAAUAGUGAACAGUAAUCCCUCUGGAUUUCACACAUCAACUCAAAUGGGAAGUGGUCAUUUUGCUGCACAAGGAUUUGGCAAAGCUUCUUACUUUCGAAAUUUACAAGUAGUUGAUUCAGACAAUAGCUUAGUACCUCUCACAAAUCUCAAACUUGUGGCUGAUCAUCCAAAUUGCUAUGAUAUUCAAGGAGGGAUUAAUUCUGUUUGGGGUCAUUAUUUUUAUUAUGGAGGUCCUGGUAAAAACCAACAUUGUUCUUAGUUAAAACUAAAAAGGUAUAUGGUCUUUUGUUUUUCUUUUUUUUUCUUUACAGUUUUGGGGUGAUUGGUUCUUGAGCUUGCCAGCUUGGGGGUUAUUCUUUCUAUUGUAAUAUGGGUCAAAAAGGUGAUCCACUAAUUAGUUAUACCACAUUUAAUUAAAGAGUUGUGAACAUGGAAAAAGGAAAUAGUGAAUACAAUAUGCUUUU